AUGCCACAGUAUAGUCAAUAUGCCUCUCUUUUUUAUGAAAAACAAUCGGAGUAUAAAGAUGUCGUCAAUGAUGCAGCAGAAGAUGACAUGAACAUGUACGUUCUUCAGAAAUGUGUGUUGCCUGAACUUCAUCUGUUACAAGGAUUUACAAACCACCUAUUCUGGAACGGCAUAGUUCCUGCUGUAGGACGUGAGAAAGCUCUGCUUUGGCCAUCAAAGUUGAAGUUAGUAGCAAAAAAUUAUCAGGGUGAAAUUUUUGAGGGUAAUGCCUGCCGAAAACUUCUGCAAGAAUCGGAUAAAUUGCUUGAUCCUGAAAUUUACGAACAGGUUGGUCCGUUCAAGUUACAGCCAUACGUCGCUGCUUUUAAGACAAUGAAUAAAUUUGAACAUGACUGUUUCUCCACGCAACGUGCAGAUAUGACCGAUUUAUAUGAGAACUUGGAAAAACUCCGCAAAAAUCUAGAAAGUACUGGGACAUCUCAAACUCUAAAAAUGCACAAUAUACUUGAUCAGUUUAAAGACGGCAUUUCAUUAUCAAACAACGAUGGUUUGGGUUUGUGGUCAGAACAGGCCGGGGAAUCUGUUAACAGAGAAUUUUUGAAAUUUUGGGUAAGAUUCAAUAUAAAUUUCAUACAUGAUUCAUCAUAUUCCGGCCGUUUAUAA